AUGGCAAAAGUCCACACACCACGCAACAAAGAUCUCGCCCCUGGUAUAGGGAGGUACAGCAGAUCAGCUAUCUACAAAAAGAGGGCUCUGUAUAAACGUAAAAAGACAGGAGUUAAGAAGGAAGUAGUCGAAGAACCAAAAACCAGAGUUAAGGAGGUUGGAGGGGACAAGAAUGGCUCAACAAGAGUUGUUCCAGUGAAGAGAGAGGUAUGUAUCUUUCGUGAAUAUUGUUUAAAACAUUGAAACUCUGUUUCCAUGUAUCUGUUCUGUAAUUAAUCAAUAGAGUUUUUGUUAACCAGCAUAAUUCUGAUUUGGGCCCAUCUCAGAGUCGUUUUAGCCCAGGCCACUCUAAGUGAGGGGCUAACAUGGCACUUAGAAGGACCUAAAACAUUAUUCUGCCCAAGAUCAUAAACUCUAUUACUAUUACUAUCACUCUGGAGGGGAUUUAAAAAAAUGAUAAUGCUUAAAAAUGAAAAACUCUUUGGGAAGCAGGAAUAGCACAGUGGUGAGAGCUCUUACCUUGCACCACUCUAGGACCUGACAUCAUAUGUGGGUUGUUCUCGUCCUUGUUCCAAGGGUUUUACUCUGGGUCCUCUGGUUUUCCUCCCUCUGCAAAACCUAUAUUCCAAAUUCCAAUUCGACAUGGAACAGUGGACAGGAACAGCUACCUCUUAAAUUGUCCACUGCUAAAUCACUCUGCAUAUUAUUAUUGAAAUGUGAAAUGACAACAAAACAGUCUAAACAAUUGUGCAAAUGUCAAAAUCCCCAUUAAAGGUUUCAAAAUGCACCACUAAGCCCUACAAAAUGAUAUUAAUAGAUCAUUUUUAACCAAAAUUUGGUUUGAACAAGGAAUUGGUAGAUAAGGUGUAGGUGAUUGUGUCAGAGAUAUUUUUACUACAAUUUGAUACAGUUGAUACCAUUCAUUCCCAUUUAUUCUAUAUAUUUACAAAUUUACUACAAUUUUCUAAUGUAUGUAGCAGCCCUAUUGAUCAUAAAAGUGAUGCUAACAAUGUUAAAGGUUAAAGUGAAACCACAAGGUGCAGCCAAGUGGUUUCACUGGUAAUGUCAAGUGAAUGGUUUUGACCUAAUUGUUUGCAAUCUUGAAUGUUCUGGAAAAGCAAUUAGUUCAAGUGUAGCCAUUAUUAAGAGUGCACCCAUUUUCAGUGUAAAGUUCUUUAUUACAGUUUUAUUGAUUUGCGCUGGUGAUAUUCAUAUUUAUUUUCAUAUUUAUUUCAAACUGCAGUGUAAUACUUUUUCUAUGUUGCUCUCUUAUAAUUGUUUUAGUCUCGCUACUAUCCAACUGAAGAUGUGCGACGACCUCUGAGGAACAGGAGAAAGGCCAAGCCCACUAAGUUACGGUCCUCUAUAACUCCUGGAACUGUUCUCAUUCUCCUUGCUGGACGUCAUAGAGGCAAGGUUAGUAAAACAUCUGUUAGAAGUGCAGCUCUUGGCAUACAUAGCACAUGUGAAGCACUUAUGGCCUUGUAAGUACUAGCAGGUGUUAUGGAGUUUCGAUGGCUAGAGAGGCAACAUUGUUAGUAGAGUUUCACCUUUGACAACUGGCCAGGGAUUUUAUGAUGACAUCUGCAAGAGUCAAUGUCUUAACCCCAGGUCUAGUUUCCCUCUUGUGUAGGAGUGUUUUUCCCUUUGGUUUUUGAGGUACAAUUGAACCUGGAUUAUUGGUAUUCUUUGGUUAUCUGGACUUGCUUAUCUGGUUCAAUUUUUUCAUAAAUGUUAAUUAGUCACAUUCAAGAUCCAUAAAAACUUUUUCCCAUCAAACAAAGCAGAUGUACUGAAACAAUGUUGAUGCUAUUCCUUAAAUGAAGCUUUAGUAUUAUUCUUGAUUGUCCAUCUUCUUGAAUGUCCAGACUAUUCAGCCUAGUUCCCACAGGUCCAAAUAAUCAAGGUUCGACUGUACCCAGAAAUAAUUUCAUAUGUUUGCUAUAGAGAGAAAUGCAAAGACAUUGAGCAUACAAUGACUGAGAGUCAAAGCUUGCACCUGUUUCAUUCCAUAAUUUUUUUAAUUUUUUAUUAAAAACUAUUCUUUUGUAGAGGGUGAUCUUCCUCAAGCAGCUUGCCUCAGGUCUUCUGCUAGUCACAGGUAUGGCUCAUUAUUUAGAACAGGUUAUUGGGAGAACUGUGGAAAAAGGAAUCUUAUGGGAUGUUCAGGGCACCAAGUUUUGAAAAAGUUUUUCAAAAACCUUUAAUUGCACCAUUUCAGUUUGUUUGAACCUUUUCAAUUUUCUUUUUACUUUUUGUUUUCAAAUCUGUUGGUUACCAAUUGAGUGACUUUUGUUGAAAUUGUAGUCGCCAAAUAUAUUUUUUUCACUUGCACUGGCAACCAAAAGGGUCCCAACUUAAAGCGCUGAUAUUUCACAUUUACUUGAGGUCUUGAACACUUGGUGGUAAAAUUUUUACCACCAGUCACCAUCAACUUCUGCUACAAAUUCAGCUGUCAAAGUGGUUUUUUACUCAUCAUUGUAACCAAAACAAAACAAAACAAAUUUAGCUGUGAAAAUUUUGCAGUUUGGAGUACUUUUAAGGCUUUUCCAUCAUUUGAAGGAUUAAAAAAAAAUUACAUUUAGUAGUUUCAUGCAGUAACUAACCUGUCUCUCUCCCCUAAGGGAUAAGCAAAUUCAACACAAAACUUUACAGAAUUUUAAGUGCUCUGUGUUAUUUGUAUGCUCUGAUCUUAAGGGUGCAAACAUGAGCCUGUUUACUUAUAUUAUUCAUUUUCUCAUGCCCUGGUUUGUUUAAUUGUGUGUAUUGUUCUUCUGAAGGACCCUACAAGGUGAAUGGUGUUCCUCUCAGAAGAGUAAACCAAGCUUAUGUCAUCUCCACCAGCACCAAGGUAGACUUGAGCAACUUCAAGUUACCUGAACGUCUGUCUGAUGACUUCUUCAAGAGAGAGCCAAAGAAGAAGAAGCGAACAGAGGACAUGUUUGAAGAUGCUCAGGAGGUAGAUUUACUUGCCUUUAUUCUUCUGGAAUUAUUUUGAAAUAGUUGCUACAUUAGAUUAACCAUGUGGGUACCUACAGCUGUAUAAUCAAAACUCUUGGCAGCUUGCUAGCAUCAAAGAUGACUGAUGAGGGAACAAAAUCUACUUGAGAAAAGUAUAACAAAUGCACUUGUUGGAACUAACAACCUAUGUAAGAAUGUUACCUUUAACACAUCUUGAACUAUGAUUGAUAGUGACUCUGUUUACAGAUAAAAAACAUUAAACUUUCUUUAUUAUCCAUUACCACAAUGAAACAACAAAUCUAUUGUCUCUGGUCAUGUAGCGAGCUACAUCUUUUUUCCUCCAAGUUUAAAAAAAAAAAUCCAAAUUUGUCAAAGAUUCCUCUGGCAAUGGCAAGCCUUUACAACUUUAGUUACUUUAUUGCACCCUCAUGUUAUCCAUUUUGUAACUUGUUGCAUAUGCUUGGUGUAGAAGACAAGUUAUUGUUAUGAUUUGCUUGGCAAAUACAUCCCUCACUCACUCACUCACUGUAACAUGAAUAGUGAGGUCACACUGAAGAUUGUGUAUUAUAAUUAGAGUUGUUGCUUUGAUGCCCGAAGGGGACCUCCAUCUCGAAAUUUGUUUUACACUCACUGAUACACUUUGUGGCUCUUCUGCCUUUUUACUAAACAAAAUGAUCUACAAUGAAAAUUUUUAUUUAUACAUGUUUGCUUGUUUGUUUGUUUGUUUUUGUAAUAAAGGAGAGGAAACCAAGUGAAGAGCGAAUUGAAGAUCAAAAGGCAGUUGAUGAGCAAAUCCUUCCAGAGAUCUCCAAAGAAGCACAUCUUAAGAAGUACUUGAAAACUUUGUUCUCCCUCCGAAAGGGACAGUACCCUCAUUCAAUGAUAUUCUGA